CACAUUGUGCUGCGGGCAAAGGGAUAACUGAGACUACACACGACAGCUAGCUGCCCAUGGAAGUGUAGCUUCAGCCAAACACUGAGGACUACAUUCCCAUCUCUCCACACUGUUACCAACAUGCCUAUGACCAGUGCAAACUUCUUGCCUGUGGUUGACCUCAGGUCAGCUGCUCAGUCAGCUGGACUUGCCGAGCUCGCUGUCAGGCUGUGCUUGAACCAGCGUAAACAACUCUGUCCUCAUGUUUGGGUUCCCAUCCUGAAGCCCCAGCGGCCCUGCAUCCGUCCUCUUGCCUCAGAUCACUUAUCUCCCGACAUCUUUCACCAGGCCUUUCUGACCCAGCUCCUCCCAACUCUCCUGGACGACCUGGAUGAUGAUGAAGUUUUGCUCCCCAUCAAGAACAAACACGUGGUUUUCGCUGACUCGCAAGGAUUGUCACUUACAGCCGUGCGUGAGUUUUCGGAUGAGGAGGAGCAGGCUGACCUCGACCUCCUGCCAUCGCUGCAGGAUUUGGGAGGCAUGACAGAGGAUGGCUACAGCUGCACAGUCAGCACCUGCUGCCCGGGAACACGCCUCAAAAUGGGCUUCCCGCAGCCCUCGGCAGAUUUUCAGGCCUUCAGAGCCAAGCUGGCAGAGAGCAUGGUAAUCCUGGAGAACUGCAGUGUUACAGAUCAAGCCAUAGAGGGGACUGUCAGAGUCAGAAACAUCAGCUUUCAGAAGGAUGUCAGUGUUCGUAUCACCUUCGACUCCUGGCAGAGUUACAGAGAUGUUCCUUGUACUUAUGUACAGAAACGCUUUGGAGGGCCUCAGACAGACAUCUUUGAAUUCCACAUUACCAUUCCUAAAGUGCUGGAUGCUAAAAGGAAGAUAGAGUUCUGCUUAAAGUAUUUACCAGGAGGGCAGAGAGAGCCUUUUUGGGACAACAACAAUGGACAGAAUUAUGGCAUCAUUGUGAGUGUUAGCUCACAUUUGUGCCGUGGCAAUAAUUUAUGUGAAAGGGCGUAAUUCAACCCGGAGUUGAUCCCUGUUUUAACACAUCAGUAGUGGCUAGAGAUGAGUUUUAAUUUUUCUUAUUUUUGUUGUUAUGCUCCUGAAAGUGUCGCUAGCUUUCUUUCACAUUCAGACUCAAACUAGUGACCUUUCUGUGAUUCCCUCUUUUCUCACACUCUCGCCACGUUGUACAUUUUGGCCUCUCUUCACUGGCUGCAUUGCUCUUGUGCACCAGGGAGGAGGUCCCUUUCACUGUGGGCAUUGCUGGGAUUUCCAUAUAGGUCAGAGAUUAUUAGGCAGGGACAAACACAAGCCCCAUAGCGAGAGCUGAGCUAAUCUUAGCUCAGCUCUGUUUAGAGAGCAGAGGUUUGCUGUCAGAGAUCAUCACUCUGCAUGUUUUUUUUCUGCAAGCUUUAAGCAGCAUUACAGUGUUUGACAUGGGCACUGAAACUAGUGAAAGCUAUGAUGUACUAAGAUAUAUUAAUAUCUUACAUUUGGCCAUCAUAAAUGUUUUUUAAGACAGAACAUCUGGCAGUGAUUUUAUAGAGAGCAAUUCAGGAUAGACAUCGAAAAUUAUUUUGUAAUACCUCUUCAUAUUCCAAGCCAUUAACUUAUAAAAAGGGCAUGCCCCCAUGUUUGCACAUCUGGCUUGUAUCAGAUGCAUCAAACUGAUGGUCCAGCACAACAAAAUUUGAACAUAAACGCUUUUUCAGGAGAAAAAAAUAAGAGCUUUUGAAAAAGAUAUACAAAAAUAUCCACAUAAACACCAAAGAGGAAAGAUAAUUCUAAAUAAAUAAAGUCGACUAAAGCCUA